CUUCCGCACGACUCGAAUGGAUAAAGCGGAGCGAGCGGAGGAGACCGAGCUGCAGUGAGUGAAUGACGGCGAGAAACUUUACCGUGUUUUUGUCCCCGUGUUUACAAAACGGUGGGUGAUAAAGUCACUCGGGUGAACUACUUUGACCCAUUUUGACAUUUUUUUAGACUCCGCGGGUCGAAACUGCUUAAGGAAAGCGAGAACUCGGAGGCUCCGUGUUCGCUACACAGACGAGAGAGACAGAGCACAAAAUAACAGACGACGAGAGACAAGACGAGUGGAUAAGAGAGGACAGAAGGGGAGAAGAGGAGUAAAAAGAGGAGAGGAAAAGAGAAGCGGAGAGAGAAGAAGACAACUUCGCACUUUUCCUUCCCUGAGGAGGAGUUUCCUCAAGUUACGGCCGCGGUGUGGAGCUCCGGACUGAGGUAGCCUAGCUUGCUGGUAACGGCUGAAAACCGCUGCUUUGUAGCGACUUUUUACUCAAAAAAAGCUCCAGGACUUGCUUGAGAGCUCUCUUCACGAGCGAGGACGGAGUAACCCCCCCACAUUUCUUCUCGACCUUCCCCUCCUCCUCCUCUCUUUUCCGGCGCCAUGGUAUGAGGAGCCCCGCGAUGGCCGCGUGAGAGGAAGCGGCGCGAGCCCCCUCGAGAGAGAGCCGCGAUGGCGCGCGGCCCCGUCGCCGCCGCCUGCGUGCUCGUGUGCCUGGGCGCGUGCGCGGUGGCGGUGGUGGAGUGCGCGGCGCGUCGCCUCGUCUGCUGGGAGGCGAUCCUGAACUGCCAGGCGGAGCCCGAGUGCCACUACGCGUACGGCCAGUACAUGCACGCGUGUGAGCCCGUGCUGAGCGGGCGCCGCACGACAUGCCCGAGCCACUGCAUCGCGUCGCUCGUGCAGCUGAACCUGACGCGCGGCGGGCCCGCGCUCGAGGAGUGCAGCUGCGCCUCGGACCCCGUGUGCCGCGAGGCCAAGCGCGCCAUCGAGCCGUGCAUGCCGCGCACGAGCAGCCUCGGCUGCACGGAGGCGCGGCGGCAGUGCGAGCGCGACCUCCACUGCCGCUCCGCCAUGGCCAACUACCUGCUCCACUGCAGCAAGCUCUUCAGUGGCACCGUGUGCACGAGCGCGUGCCGCGAUGUGAUCGCGGACAUGCGGCGCCUGCCCAAGGCUCAGCUGCUGGACACGUGCGUCUGCGAUGGUACCGAGCGGACCAUAUGCGAGUACGUCAAGCUCAAAAUGAGGAACCUGUGCUUCGGCGAGCCGCCCGUGGACGAGGAUGACGACGAGGGUUCUGGGGUUACGGAUGACUACGAUGACGAGGACGACUACUACCCGGGGGAGCGGGUAGGAAGAGACAGGUCAGGCGCCUCGGCCUGGUGGGCGUCCGUAAUGCUUGUGGUGCUGGCGGAGUCCGUCUUGGUGCUGGUGCGGCUUUUAAGCUAAAGCUUGAACUGUUCUGUGGGAACGGUCAGAUUCCCUGUGAACUGCAGUGGGGCCAGUGAAAAUGACUGGUCAGAGUGAUCACUGAAAAGGACUGGUCAGUGGAAGUAACUGGUCAGACACCCCACAAGCUACAGUGGAAUCAGGGAAAGUGACUGCUGAGUCUGGUGAGUGAAAACAGCAGGUCAAACUGGUCUGUAAAAGGGACUGGUCAGAUGGGUGAAUGAAAAUGGCCAGUCAGUGUCAGUAAGGCAGUCAGGGAAAGUGACUGGUCAGUGAAAAUGGCUGGUCAGACUUCUCACAAGCUACAGCGGAGGCAGUGAAAGCAACUGGUCAGUUAAAACGCCCAGUCAGUGAACAUUUGAGGUGCUCUGUGACUCCGGACCCGAUUUUACGUCUGUUGUUUGUCUCCAAAGAGAACACGUCCACCUUUGCAUGACACUUUGCUUGAGUUUUGUUCACGUCCUGAGGUUGGUCACAUUGCACCUUCUCUAUGCAAGUGUACCAUUCAGUGACCCUUCAGCCCCAGCACAUUUUUCCAUAUUUAUUCUUCACAGCUGAACUCUUACCUGUGAGUAACUGUUGGUUUAAAAUAAAAUGCUAGAUCGAGCUCAUUCUAACACUACUGCCUUAAAAAAGAACAGAAAAACAACAUUGCCCAUAUUGCAAGUGCUCUUCUCACAUUGUCAAACAGGACACAACCAAGUUGCCUUUAAAAAAGAGAAAGACAAGUUUUUAUUUUGUUACUUAGAGAUGUAACUGUGCAAGGGUUUAAUCAGAAAGCUGUGCACUGCCAAUAUGAAACUAGAUAUGUACAACUAUUUUUCUAUCUAAAGAUGCCUUUGACCUUGUGUGAAUGAAUGAAUAACAUCUUUAAAAUAUGGCUUGAAUGAAUUUAAAGUAGGCUAGAACUGAGUUCUGAAGCACUCAAUUGUGAAAGUACUGAAUAUAAGCAUUUUCAUGAAAUAAGGCAAUAUUUUAUACCAUAAAAUGUCUAUGAAAACAAAGGGUGACGAUUCCAGCUUUAAAGGGAGGUUAUUAGAUAUUUUUUUGUUGUAAUUGGUUUUCUUUUCUAAAAUGCUGUACAGUGUAAAUAGAUUUGCAGAGAAUCUUUUUAUUGUGUUCUCAAAGAUGAAUUAUUGACUGUGUAGAAAUGUCUAAAUCCACUGUAUGACUGCCUCGGUGAUGUACUUUUUAUAGAAGGCAUAAAAAAUGAAAGUACAAAGACUUAAA